AUGAGUUUGCGCGAGUUCUUAGGUAAACUGGGGAUCAAACCGCGCGAGAUGCUUUUUUACGAGCAAGCUUUCACCCAUCCUUCGUUUACCAACAAAAAGGGCCAAACCGAAAACUACCAGCGACUAGAGUUUCUAGGCGACGCGAUUAUUAGUCUUUACGUAGCGCGCCGAGUCUACCGGCUAACUCCGCCACUCAGCGAAGGAAAAAUGUCGAUUUUAAAAGCUUCGGUGGUCAGCUGGGCUAACCUCGGUGCUUUGGCGCGCAAACUUAAUUUUCAGAACCAGAUUCGCUUUGCCCCCAAAGCCCAAGACUUAGGACAGAACGAAAAAAUUCUUUCCGAUGUUUUUGAAGCUUUUAUUGCUGCUCUUUACUUAGACAAAGGUAGCCGAUCGAGCAACCACUUUUUAGACCGGGUGCUGAGCGCCCAAAUCGCCGGACUGCAGGGGCAAGAAUUGAAAAACCCCAAAACUUUGCUCCAAGAGUAUUUACAGCGUCAGCAAGCCCGGACGUGA